AUGGUUAAAAGUAGAUUAGCUGCAAUAUUGCUCUUGUUUGCAGUCUAAAGCUUAUUGGUAUAAGCUGAUUUACCUGUUCAUUGCGUUAGAUCUUAAAUAACUGGUAAAUGGUUACUUAAAGAAGGAAAAGUUCUAGCAUCAAGUAAUAACAAGCCUGUUUCUUGUGGUCAUUAAAUUCCUGAUAAAGCAGAAUCAAGCAAUAGCGCCAUGGGUGGUGUUUUAACUGAAGUUGAAAGAGAGUAUGAAGUAUUUUUAGAUGAAGACUUCACAGUAAGAGGAAAAGAAGGUAAAGGUAGAUGGACCUUAGUCUAUGAUGAAGGUUGGGAAAUUGAAUAUAAUGGAGUUAAAUAUACUCACUUUUUUAAGUAUGCUAAAGACGACUCAGGAUAAUAUAAAUCUGUUUGCUCUCAAACCUUAGUUGGUUGGUUCAACCACAUUCAAAAAAAAUCUAGAGGAUGCUCUUAAGCUAUUAAAGCAGACGCAUCUUAAGAAUUCUCAGAUAAUGUAUAGUAAGCUCAUGUUGUAUAACCCAAGGAAACUCAAUACAUUUUUUCUGAAAUUUCAUCUACAAUGAAUAAAUUAAGCAGCUAAUAAGAAUAAUAAAAAAGCUAAAAAAUUAAUGCUUCUAACUCUCUUAAAAGAUAAUAGCUUUCUUCCAAAAACAAGUUCCAUCAAUCAAUUUACUUGAAGCCUCAUGAAAAUGUAUUUGCUUAAAUGAAACAAACACCUGCAACAUUAUUAAACCAUUAAGAAAUCGUUAAGAGAUUAAACUCAAUUAAAGGAAGUACAUGGUAAGCUAAAGUUCCUUCUUUCAUAAGCAAAAUGAGUCUUGAGUAGAUGAACACAAGAGCUGGUCUAAGAAUGGAUAAGCCUAAAUUCAGUUACGACAACAAAUAAGGCUCCUUUAUUUAAAAAUCAUCAUCUUCCUUGAGAGGUAACAAAGCAACUACCGAUUAUGCCCACUUUUCUAUGGAGAACAUAUCAGAUCUUCCUAAGUCUUUUGAUUGGGCUGAAUAUAUCCAUGCUCCUCGUUCUUAAGAAGAUUGUGGAAGUUGCUAUGCUAUUGCCACAACUUCUAUGCUUUCAUCUCGUUUGUGGAUUAAAUACGGUGAUAAUACUUAACUCUCACCCCAACACUCCUUGGCAUGUAAUUAUUAUAACUAAGGUUGCGAUGGUGGUUAUGGAUUUUUGGUAAGCAAAUUUUACAGUGAGUUCGAAGCUGUCCCUGAAAGUUGUCAUCCUUAUGAAGCUAGAGAUGGUUAAUGCAAUCAUUGCAAUGUCGAAUCUCUCAGUGAAGUAUUCACAGUUACUGAUUACGAAUAUAUCGGUGGAUCAUAUGGAAAAUCAACUGAAAGAUUGAUGAUGGAAGAAAUAUAUAAAAACGGUCCUAUUGUAGUCAGUUUUGAACCUAAAAUGGAUUUCAUGUAUUACAACAAGGGUAUAUAUCACUCAGUUGAUGCUAACCAAUGGAUUUAAAACAAUGAAGAAAAUCCUGUCUGGUAAAAAGUUGAUCACUCAGUUCUCUGCUAUGGUUGGGGAGAAGAUGAAAACGGCAAAUUCUGGUUAUUACAAAACUCAUGGGGUGAAGAAUGGGGUGAGAAUGGUAACUUCAGAAUGAGAAGAGGAACUGAUGAAUCAAACAUUGAAAGUAUGGGUGAAAGAGCUAAUAUUGUAAAGACUGCAAGAAAAUCUCCUAACACAACUGAAUUUUCAUCAACUUAUUCAUCUCACUCAGACAAAUACUUUGUUGAAAAAUCUAAAAGAAAAUAAUGA